AUGGCCCAUCAGCAGAGACAACCUCCAUACCCGAGAUUUAUCGCCAACUACCUCCUCGGCCACAAGCUGGGUGCAGGCUUUUCAGGCGCCAUCUUCUGCGCACGGAAUAUACACACCAACAAGGAGGUUGCACUCAAACUCCAGCCUAUAGACGAGUCAUGUCCAACAAACAAAUACGAGCGUGGCUUUUACCCUGCGCUGCAAGGAGGAAAGGGUAUGCCUACGCUAUGGGCUAGCGGAACCCAGGGUCCGUGGGAUUACCUCGCCAUCGACCUCCUCGGCCGCAGCCUCGACUCAUUACACCGUGAACUCAUGACGAAGCAGGAUGUGUGGGACCUACGAAGCGUAUGUUGUAUUGCUGUACAAGUGAUCGAUAGGCUACGGUUCAUGCAUACCCGAGGAGUCCUCCACCGAGAUAUUCAGCUCGGCAACUGCGUCCUUGGCCUCCAACCUCAACACAAAACUAUCUACAUGAUCGAUUUCGGCUUCUCCAAAUUCUACAUCGACCAGCGGACAGGAAGACAUAUUCCCGACAGUAAUGAGCCCAGAGACUUCAUCGGCAAUUACUGGUUCUCGUCAGUGCGCGUGCACUGUCGCAACAAAGUGCCCUCACGGCGCGACGACAUGGAAGCGCUCGCGCUCAUGCUCAUCCACCUCUUGACUCCCGGCGGGCUCCAUUGGACGCGCAACGGCGUGCCAAAGACCGACGAGGCGCAUGAUCACCUCAUACGCGAGAAGCGCAACGCACGGCCCGAGGACAUUUGUCGCGGCCUACCUCCGGUAUUCGAGGACUUUUUGCGGUACUGCCGCAAGCUCGACUUUGCGGCCAUGCCGGACUACCAGCACUGGAUCGAGGAGUUCCGAGAUCUCGCGGACGAGUACGGCUUGGGCGACGUGGAGGAGUUCGUGUGGCCGUCGCCGUUCCCGGAGGUGCCAGCGCCCAAGCCGACCGCACGCAUGGACAUGAGCGAGCUCAAGGACGUCCUGGACGGCCUCGCGAACCUCCAGCUCGGCACUGAGCGGCAGGUGCUCGCCGAGCGCAACAACCUCGUCAACCGCGACUCGCCCCCCGCGCUCGACCCGAACGUGAAGGACAAGGGCAAGGGCAAGGCCCCGAGCAAACCUGAGGUGAUCGACCUCGUUAGCAGCGAAGACGACGACGACGAGAACGCCCGCGCCCGCGCGCGGACCAACGCGAACGGGGGCCGACUGACCAAGGCGGCGCGGCUGGCGCAGCUCUCACGCGAGAUGGCGCAGGCGACGGACAACCGGGCGCUCGGGCGGCUCGUGCGCGAGUUCGCGGAGGUGAUGCAGGAGAACCGGUCGAAGAUGCUGACGAAGGAGGGCUUCGCGGUGCUCGACGCGCUGCACAAGCAGCUCGCGGACCCGUCCGUGUUCGUCGCGCCGCUGCGGACGAAGGCGGCACGGGCGAGCGGCGCGUCGGAGAACGAUGUGGCGUCGGGGCGGGAGACGCGGCAGGGGAAGAUGAACAAGCUGUACAGGCUGGGGCUCGAGGUGCGCGGCGCGGGGAGCAACACGCAGCUGGCGGGGAUGGUCGCGGAGUUUGGGCGGGUGAUCGACAGGAGCAACGGACGGACGGUCACGAAGGACGGGUUUGGGUUCUUGAACGCGCUGGCGGCGAGGAUCGAGGCGUUGUCGUGA